AUGGAGAAUGCAACAAACAAGAAGGAUAAAUCUCCGUUGAGGGCCGAGAGAAAAAGCUUCAAGAAGCAGAAAGAAUCCAUCAAGAAGAUGACGAAGGAACUCUCAGAAAUUUGCGACGUCAAGGCUUGCGCUGUUAUCGUUGGGCCUGAUGGGACGAUCGACACAUGGCCGGAAAAUCAUAACGAUGUGCGGGAGGUGAUCCAAACGUACAAAAACUGCGGUCUGGAAAAGGGACAGCCUCAAGAACUCGAUGGUGAUAACGUUAUAAACAAGGAAAAUGUCAGUGUUGUCUCGGAGAAGGAGAAACCUACGAAACAAGAAUUGCUAAGAAUGAUCGAUGCCAAAUUAGCCCAAGUAAAGAAGAGGAUUCAGAUCUUGAAGUCCAAUGAUGCAUCUGGAUGA